GCUGCACUCUCUGUCGCGCUGUGACCUGCACUUGUCGUGGGGGUCGUAGGAAGGACUCGGGGGACCCAGGAGCCCUAGAAAUGGACUCGGUGGCCAUUGAGGACGUGAGUGUGAACUUCACCCCAGAGGAGUGGGCUUUACUGGAUCCUUCACAAAAGAAACUCUACAGAGAUGUUAUGUGGGAAACCUUGAGGCACCUGGCCUCAGUAGGAAUAACAUGGGAAGAUUGUGACGUUGAAGAUCAGUACAAAGGCCAGGGGAGAAAAGUAAGAAAGCGUAGGGUAGGGAGAGUCUGUGAAAGUGAAGAAGAUAGUCAGUUUGGAGAAAACUUCAGCCUUCUUCCAAAUCUCAGUCUGAACAAGAAAACUACAGGAGCUAAACCAUGGGGAUGCAGUGCAUGUGGAAGAGUCUUCACGCAUCAUUCAUCCCUUAAAAUGCACAUUAGAUGUCACACUGAACAUAAAACAUAUGACUAUCAAAAAUAUGGAGAGAAGCCAUAUAAAUGUAAGGAAUGUGGGAAAGCCUUCACUUAUCUCACUUUACUUCGAGCACAUGAAAGAAUUCAUACUGGAGAGAAACUCUAUGAAUGUAAAACAUGCAGUAAAGCAUUCACUUGUUCCAGUUCUCUUCAACUUCAUGAAAGAAUUCAUACUGGAGAGAAACCAUAUGAAUGUAAAAAAUGCAGUAAAGCAUUCACUUGUUCCAGUCAUCUUCUAAAACAUGAAAGAAUUCAUACUGGAGAGAAACCCUAUGAAUGUAAAACAUGCAGUAAAGCAUUCACUUCUUCCAGUAAUCUUCAACUUCAUGAAAGAAUUCAUACUGGAGAGAAACCCUAUGAAUGUAAAACAUGCAGUAAAGCAUUCACUUGUUCCAGUCAUCUUCUAAAACAUGAAAGAAUCCAUACUGGAGAGAAACCAUAUGAAUGUAAGAAAUGCAGUAAAGCAUUCACUUGUUCCAGUCAUCUUCGAAAUCAUGAAAGAAUUCAUACUGGAGAGAAACCCUAUGAAUGUGAAAAAUGCAGUAAAGCAUUCGCAUGUUCCAGUUAUCUUCAAGUUCAUGAAAGAACUCAUACUGGAGAGAAACCCUAUGAAUGUAAAAAAUGCAGUAAAGCAUUCACUUGUUCCAGUCAUCUUCGAAAUCAUGAAAGAAUUCAUACUGGAGAGAAACUCUAUGAAUGUAAAACAUGCAGUAAAGCAUUCACUUCUUCCAGUAAUCUUCAAAGACAUGAAAGAAUUCAUACUGGAGAAAAACCCUAUGAAUGUAAAACAUGCAGUAAAGCAUUCACUUGUUCCAGUUCUCUUCAACUUCAUGAAAGGAUUCAUACUGGAGGGAAACCCUAUGAAUGUAAAAAAUGCAAGAAACCCUUUGAAUGUAAAAUAUGUGGUAAAGCCUUCAGUUAUACCAGUUCUCUUUCAACACAUAAAAGAACUCAUACAGGAGAGAAACCCUAUGAAUGUGAGAACUGCAGUAAAGCAUUCACUUGUAACAGUUCUCUUCGAAGACAUGAAAGAACUCACAGUGCAGAGAAAUCCUAUGAAUGUAAAGAAUGCAAUAAAGCCUUCACUGCUUCCAAAUUUCUUCGAGUCCAUUUAAGAAGUCACACUGGAGAGAAAGCCUAUGAAUGUGAGGAAAGUCAGAAAGGCUUUAGUUCUCAUGCAAACUUUUGAGGAUAUGCAUGAAUGCACACUAGAGGUAAAAGCAGGUAGAUAGAAACAAUUUGGGAUUGUGGUGAUUGCACUUCUUUCUUGAAGGCAUGAAAGGACUCACUGGAUAAAAACGUCUUGAAUGUUCAGAGCAAGAGAAAGAGUUCAGUUGGCCUACACCCUUCUAUGUGAAACUCCCACCAAAAAGAAAUGUAAAUGUAAGUCAUAUGAGAAAGCUUCAUGGAAAUUAAUUUGUACAUGAGGUUCUAGAAAACUUUCAACAGGAAAGAGUCGUUAUAAAAGUGGUAAAUAUAUUGUAUUUAUCAAGCCUUUCUUAAAGUGCAACAUUAGACUGUGGAUUUCUAUAAAUUACUUCAGAAACGAAUAUUGAGGUGAGAUGAUUCUGCUGGUCCUUCAGAAGUAGUAAAUAAGACUCAGGUAGUGCAUUUCCCCUAAAUCAGUUUUUUUUUUUAAAUAAUGUUUUAAUUGUUCUGUGUUAAAGGGCUAUUGAAAAAUGACAGUUUGUAUUUGUUGUGAUUUUCUUACUGGCCUUGUAUUUACAGUUCCUGGAUAUGCCUCAUCCAUUGUACAUAUUGUACAUGUUUUAGAGAAAGCGCCUUUUUGGGGGUGGUGGGUGGAGGAGCCUGUUUUUAUUUUCUGUACUAUUAAACAGUUGGAAAAAAUUAUGUAUGGCAAGUUUAUCCAAGAGUGUACUUCCUGUGAAUUCUUAUUUUCCCAUUUGGGCCUUUGCUGUUUGUCCUUCCUUCUGACUGGUAUUUGGUGAAUAGACUGAAUUAAGUAGAGGCCUGUGGCAGGCAACAAAAUCUAGAGCUGGACACAUCACCCCUGUACUGCGUUAUGUCAGUGAGAGUAAUCUGAACAGCGAGAUCUUUAAGAAUCCGUCCCCUUUAUGGUGCCGUGUUUGGAAUUCCCCAGUGGCCUCACUUGCAUGAGAUUUGGAAGGCAGAAGCACACAAGGCCUUAGGCCGAUUUUCGAGCCACCACACAGGGAUGGAGACAGUUCCAUAGGGGCUUCAAGGACACCAUCUUCCAUCCCUUUUUCUGGAUUCUUUGCCCUUCUUGUCAAGAGUAUCUUGAAAACCACCAAGAAUUAGUUGAUUUCCGUAUUGUUAGAGAUGCACUUUCCACUAGUUUCACAUCAAAGAUCCAUUCGAGUUAGGGUCUUUCUGUAAGGCCUUUUGUGUCCACGAGGAAUCUAAUUCAGACCUUCGUGGUUGGGAGUAUUCUCUGAUUCCCCUUUUCUCUAGAUGAUAAUUGACUAAAGUCUAAGCUGUAUAGGAAACACUU